CCUUUUUUUAUUUUAUAUUACCAACAUUCCUCAUUCAAUGAACAAGCACUGUAACCCAAUUCAAGAAACCAAGACUCUUUCCAAAAAAUCUGAUGCUCUUUAUUUAUCAUUUGCAGUCAUUCAAGAAGAUCCGAAGCGUAUGACUAAACAAAGGCUUUUAAAAGUCAAACAAUCCAGGCACCAUCAAACAACUUUACCUAGUACAUCUUCUGAAUUGAAAUUUAAAAUUGAAUCCAUGGGAAAUCACCCUGUAGAUGAUCAUGACCUUGAAAUGUGUCCUGCUAGAAUUCGUCCAUCUUGGCCGAAACAAAUUACUCCUUGGUGGUUGGCUACAGGUCCCAAUGACAAGCCUCCAUUCUCGUAUGCUACAUUAAUUGCGCAUGCUAUCUUUUCUAGUAAAAAUGGCAGAAUGACAUUAAAUGAUAUAUAUCUUUGGAUUUCAAAAAAAUAUCCUACAUUUCGCAUCGGCACUGGUGGAUGGCAGAACUCUAUUCGCCACAACUUGUCACUCAAUAAAAAGUGGUUCUAUAAAAUUGAUCGUCAACCAACUCAAAAGAAUCCCGGUAAAGGUUGUUAUUGGACGCUCGUGGCUGGUACUGAGCAACUUUUUAUCGACAAUUUAACACACGAAAGUAGCUACAGCAGAAAACAUCAUGAUAUUGCUUUUACAGCCGAACUUUUUUUGGGGCGAAGCAAAAGCGACAUUGAACACAAGCAUGCUUCAGUAUCAUCACAAACAACAAAAAACGAUAAUACACCAACCAAAUUGUCUGCUGCAAGAACACCCAGACCGUUGAUGUCUCCCCUUUAUACUACAUUUAGAACAAGCAAGAAAACGCGUACACCAAAACGUCGUCCUUCUGAGAAUAGCGACAUGUUGGAUGAUUCAGAUAAUGAUUCAGGUGUUGACGUCAGUAACAAGUUCAUCGAUAAAAAACAUCCAAGAAAGCGACGUUGCACAAACAACAGGAGUAAAGCUUGUUUAUCAUCUGCAUCGCCAACGCAAACAUUGCAGCAAAUCAGUUCAAGCAUGAUUUAUGACGCACCAACAACAGCCACUUCUGACAUCGGUAGCCUAAAUAACUUGGUGAUCAAUAACUGGAUGGAGGAUUCAUUAUUAUCUUCUGAAAACUUUAUGUGCCACACCAACAGUAACUAUCAGCCCGAAUGGUCUCCUAUGACUGAAAAUGCUGACAUGUGGUGUGACCCAACAAUAGCACCCAACUGUACAAAAAGGGGACCCAUUACCAUUGAUUUGGAAAAUGAAGAAUCCACACUUAUAUACCAUCACUAUGAAGAAAACUAUUUACCUUACUAUGACUUUACAACAGACGACUUAUACAACUAUAGCUUAUACCCCAAAACAUUCACUCCUUCUAUUUCUAUUGAUACCAAUACCGUUCCUUUGUCUUAUCCCACAAUUCCUCUUUACAGUAAUUACCAAUUACAACAAUUUGUAUCUAUGCAGGACAUACUAUAUUUAUAAUUUAUUCUAUUUCUUUUUUCCUUUUUCAUGUAAAUAAAACCUUCUGUUGAUCAUCGCGUAAAAAAAAAA